AUGGCUUCCUCUCACGGGAGAAGCGACCUGCGGUUUGCGGACUGGAUGGCAAGUUUACCGCAGAGCAUGCACACUAUCCCGCUCACCAACUUGGCUAUUCCCGGUUCCCAUGAUUCCUUCAGUUUCUACAUUGAUGAAGCGUCUCCAGUGGGCCCUGAGCAGCCAGAGACAGUACAGAACUUUGUUUCUGUUUUUGGCACUGUGGCCAAGAAGCUAAUGAGAAAGUGGUUAGCUACACAGACGAUGAACUUCAAAACUCAACUGGAGGCUGGCGUCCGUUUCUUUGACCUACGCAUCUCCACCAAGCCUCGUGACCCCGACAACGAGCUGUUUUUCGCCCACGGGCUCUUCAGUGCCACAGUCAGAGAAGGCCUUGAGCAGAUCAGUAGCUUCCUGUCAUCUCAUGCCAGAGAGGUGGUGUUUCUGGACUUCAACCACUUCUACGGCGUGCAGAACCUGCACCAUGAAAAACUGGUGGCCAUGUUGAAGGAGGUGUUUGGAGAGAAACUCUGCCCUGUCGUCUUCGCCCAGGAGGUGAGUCUGCAGUAUCUGUGGGAGAAGGAGUACCAGGUGCUUGUGUUCUAUCACCACCCCAUGGCCCUGGAGGUGCCCUUCCUGUGGCCAGGCCAGAUGAUGCCCGCUCCCUGGGCCAACACCACUGACCCAGAGAAGCUGGUUCAGUUUCUCCAGGCCUCUAUCACUGACCGCAGGAGGAAGGGAACCUUCUUUGUCUCCCAGGUGGUUCUCACACCAAAGGCCAGCACAGUGAUGAAGGGCGUGGCUAGUGGACUGAGAGAGACAAUCACAGAAAGGGCCUUGCCAGGAAUGAUGCAGUGGAUCAGAUCCCAGAGACCCGGGGAAAGCGGCAUCAACAUUAUCACAGCUGACUUUGUGGAGCUCGGAGAAUUUAUCAGCGCCGUCAUCACCCUCAACUAUCACCUGGAUGAAGAGGACGAUGACGCCACCUGA